AUGCCAGAUGUCAAGAGGCCCGUGAGGAUCGCCAAUUGCUCCGGCGCUGCCAGCGACCCGGGCGUGCACAUGUACAACCAGGCCAAGCACGGCCCCGUGGAUGUGAUUACGGGAGACUAUCUCGCCGAGGCUAAUUUAGCUAACCAUGCCGUGGAAAUUAAGAAUUCAACAGGUCCCGGCUGGGUUCCAACAGCAUGGGAUGGGCUCCAACAGACCCUCGAGAUCGCUGCGGAGAAACACAUUAAGAUCGUGAUCAACGGAGGCGCCAUCAACCCAAGAGGACUAGCCGAGGAAACGCACAAGUUGGUCAAAGAAAAGGGACUUGACUUGACUGUCGCCUACGUCGAUGGAGACAACGUCAUCCACAAGGCUCAGCGCAUCUUAGAAGAUAUCAAAUCUGGUGCUCUCACCCACCUGGAUGGCCACAAUGAGAACGUCCAUCUGGUGAAGGACUCCAUGGAAUUCUUGGACCACCCCGAAACUAUGCCGGUGGUCUGCGCGAAUGCCUACCUUGGCUACCGUGCAAUUAAGGCGGGUCUCGAUCAAGGCGCAGAAAUUAUCAUUUGCGGGCGUGUGGCUGAUGCAUCCCCCGUCAUCGCCGCUGCCGCCUGGUGGCAUAACUGGCAGGAGUCCGAUCUGGACCAGCUGGCCGGCGCCCUGAUCGGUGGCCAUCUCAUCGAAUGCUCUACCUACGUCACAGGCGCAAAUUUCUCGGGCGCUUUUCGUUAUCCUCCAGAAACCUUUGUCGGGCUUGGUCUUCCGAUCGUUGAGAUUGCUAGCGGUGGUGACUGCGUCGUGACGAAACACGAGAGUCUCAAAGGCAUCGUCACCCCGGAUACUGUUAAAUGUCAGCUUCUCUAUGAGCUUCAAGGAAACAUUUAUCUCAAUAGUGAUGUCAAGGCAGAUAUCACCCACAUCAGGGUUGAAGAGGAGGCGAAAAACAGGGUUCGUAUCUCGGGUGUCAAGGGUCACCUCCCUCCCGCAACCACCAAACUAGCCAUCUUCUAUGAAGGGGGUUAUCAGUGUGAGAUGCUAUUGAACGCGACUGGAUAUGCAACAAGCCACAAAUGGGAUAUCCAGGAGGCACAAGUCCGGGACAAACUGGAUGAGUGGGGAGUCACAAGCCAGCUGGAUGUGCUCGACUUCCAGCGUGUGGGUGUGCCCAUGGACAACCCAACCUCGCAGCUUGUCUCUACUACUUAUCUACGAAUCUUUGCUCAGGCUAAAGAUCCAAAGAUUCUCGGCCACGUACCAGCUGCGUGGCACUUCAGUUUCAUGGCCCACUUUGCUGGCAUGCACUGCACCCUGGAUAUGCGAACUGCCGUUCCAAAACCGUUUCUGGGGUUCUUCCCCGCCAAGCUCCUGCAAUCUGAGCUUGAAGAAGCUAUCAAUAUUUUCGGUCGUGAUUCUGUCCAACAACCCAGGCGCACCGUUGUUGGUCCACCCAAGGCAACCGAACCUUUGAAGGACAGAGAUAACUAUGACGCGUCUGGUACAACGUCACUCGCUACCUUCGGUGAGACUGUUAAUAGACCGCUCGGAGAUAUUGCCCUUGGAAGAUCGGGCGAUAAAGGUGGGAACGUCAAUAUUGGCCUAUACGUGCAAACGGAUAAGCAGUGGAGGUGGUUCCGCUCUUUCAUGACUCGAGCCAAGUUGCAAGAGUUAAUGGGUACCGACUGGCAAGAUUGGUAUUUCAUCGAGCGUGUAGAGAUGCCCGAAAUCUAUGCCGUGCACUUCGUCGUUUACGGGCCGCUGGGUAGAGGUGUGAGUAGUUCGAAGCUGCUGGACGGACUCGGAAAGGGAUUCGCGGAAUUUAUUCGUGCUGUUCAUGUUCCUAUCCCCAAAGAUUGCUUUUAG